AUGGACACGCGCAGUGCCGUAGCGCUGGGAGUGACCGCUGGCCUGGGUGUUGGCUAUCUACUUGGCAAGGCCCAGCCUACUGUCAACCGCUCUGAUACAGUAAAGGAGCUCGCCAAGGAUGCAGACGAGGUGGAACGCCUUAUUCGAACAAACAUUUUGGAUCUCACUCCGUACCGAUGUGCCAGGGACGACUAUGACCAAGGUGUUUUACUGGAUGCUAAUGAAAAUAGUCUAGGACCACCGCUGCAGGGCCACAAACAGUAUCAAGCCAUGGAACUAGAGCGCUACCCGUGUCCGUACCAAUCUGAGUUGAAAAAGGCAAUUGCAAACUUCAGGAAUCAAGGCUCGGCUUACGGAAUCAGUGAGGCAAAUAUAUUCCUUGGCGUUGGAAGUGAUGAGGCCAUCGACUUAAUCAUUCGCGUAGCUUGCACUCCUCGUGUGGACAGCAUUAUAAUCACACCGCCUACAUACGGCAUGUAUAGCGUUUGUGCGAAUAUCCACGAUGUGAAUAUUGUAUCAGUACCACUGCAAAUUGAGUGUCCAGCAGAGAACCCAGAUGGACUAAACGCCGACCUUCCACUGCCUGUAUUCCACAUUGAUCCGACGAAAAUUCUGAAUUCUACCACGUCGAAUACAAAAAUAAUUUUUUUGUGCAGCCCGGGCAAUCCCACGGCGAACAUUUUGCGUUUAAAGGAUGUGGAGUCGAUACUUCAUUCAAAGAAGUACAAGGGCUUUGUGGUAGUAGACGAAGCUUACAUUGACUUCGCUGACGCUCCUGGUCUGUGUUCAAUUGUAAACAAGUAUAAGAGGCUAAUUGUGCUUCAGACGCUUUCAAAGGGCUUUGGGCUUGCCGGUAUUCGACUUGGCAUUGCUUUCGGUGACCCAAAACUGAUUCGGGUGCUGAACAACGUAAAGGCACCAUAUAAUAUCAGCAAGUUGACGUCGGAUGUAGCACGCAAAGCGUUGUCAAAUUUGGAUCAAUUACGCAAGAAUGUGACACUUAUCAGAGAGGAAAAAGAUCGGGUAAUCAAGGAGCUGCAAAAGCUGAGUUUUGUACGUCGUAUUUUUGCCUCCGACUCCAACUUUGUACUUUUUGAGAUUCCGCACGCACUCACUGUUUACCGGCAAAUGGCAAACCGUGGAGUUGUGAUUCGCUAUCGUGGCAAUCAGCACUUGCUUACUGACUGCCUUCGUGCUACAAUUGGAUCUCGUGAGGAGAAUGAUCGCAUGCUUGAGCUACUUGUAGAAGUGUCGGGCGAACAAUAA